AUGGGCUCAGAUAAUGUUCACGAUAUCCCCGUGGACACAGUCCCCGCGGGCGAUGACACUAAAAAGAGCCCCGUUACGGCAGUGGCAUCAGGCUCGUCCACAUCAUCCCUCGAAAUCGCUGCCGUGCAGCGUGUCAAAGGGGGCGGCGCAUUUGACACCUCAGAGGAUCCCCGGUACUAUAAGCCUAUCCCGGAGUAUGAAGGCAUACAUCGUUGGGAUCCCUACUUUGAGUGGACGGAAGAGGAAGAGAAGGCCCUGAUCAAGAAGAUUGACUGGCGAAUCUGCACUUUUGCAUGCGUGACAUUCUUUGCGCUCCAACUCGACAGAGGCAACGUCGUCCAGGCCAAUUCCGACACCAUGCUUGCGGAUCUGGGGAUGAAUACCAAUGACUACAACAACGGGCAGACCAUCUUCCUUCUCACAUUCUUAUUUGCCGAGCUGCCUUCGCAGUUAUUAUCCAAGAAGGUCGGGCCAGAUCGCUGGAUCCCCUUCCAGAUGGUUUCAUGGAGCUUGGUUGCUGCAUGCCAGGCCUUCCUGAAGAAUAAGACCGGAUAUUUCGUCUGUCGGGCCCUUCUGGGACUCCUAGAAGGUGGAUUCAUUGCCGACACUAUUCUCUUCCUUUCCUUUUUCUACAAAUCCAAAGAGCUACCAGUCAGACUCAGUUAUUUCUGGGUUUCUUACGAAGCUACUGCGAUUGUCAGCGCUUUCCUAGCGGUUGGCUUCCUUCAUAUUCACGAUGCUGAUGGUAAAGGUGGCUGGCGGUACCUCUUCGCAUUUGAAGGUCUAAUCACUGGAAUCAUCGGAAUCAUCGCUAUCUUCUGGAUGCCUGCAUCACCAACGCAAACAAAGGGUGGCCUCCGGGGUAAAGACGGCUGGUUCAACGAGCGCGAAGAGAAGAUUCUUGUCAACCGCGUGCUGCGUGACGACCCUAGUAAGGGAAGUAUGCACAAUCGGCAGGCUGUAUCACUCAAGAUGCUUUGGACUGCUCUAUGCGACUAUGAUAUGUGGCCGAUCUAUUUGCUCGGUCUGACAUGGAUGAUUCCUAACACACCUGCAACAAACUAUAUCACCCUCGAGCUUAAAUCACUUGGCUUCGGUACCUUCCAGACGAACCUUCUCACCAUUCCUGCCUAUGUUAUCUUCAUCAUCAACCUUCUGUUCUGGACUUGGAUUUCCGAGCGCUUUAAUCAGCGUUUAUUGCUUGGCCUCGUCAUGGAAUUCUGGUGCUUGGUUUUACUCAUUGCACUAGUUGCUCUUCCGGACGGGGCCAGCGCAUGGGGGCGAUGGGCCAUCCUCAUUCUAUUGAUUGGCGCCCCUUAUAUUCAUGCUAUCAUUGUGGCCAUGACGUCCAGAAAUGCAGGCUCAGUCCGGACGCGAACGGUUGCUAGCGCUGUGUACAACAUGAUGGUGCAAGCGUCCAAUAUCAUUGCCAGUCAAAUCUAUCAAGCGAAGGACAAGCCAUACUACCAUACUGGCAACAAAGUACUGAUUGCCAUGGCCGUAUGGAGUAUACUAGUGUUUAUUGGGGCCAAGCUCUACUACAUUUGGCGUAACAAACAGAGAGCCGCCAUAUGGGACGCUAUGUCCAGUGCCGAGAGAGAGGCAUACCUGGCCGAUGUCGCCGACAAGGAUCUUGGUAACAAACGCCUCGACUUCCGAUUUACGCAUUGA